AUGAGCGAUUCAGAAUUCCUAGACCGACUCGACGAGGAGAUGGGCUUUGUCGAUCCGUUCGAAGACAAUGUAGCCGAACCGGAAUAUCCUCCUCGUCACGUGUCGUUGCCGCUGGGAGCAGCCAAAGCCUUUGGUCGCCCCAAAACCGAUGAAAUAUACAAAAAACAAUCCGAAAUUGGCUCACCGAGGUGUCCCCAGCAGAGGCCUGAUAAAAAGAAAUGUAAGAAGCCGUUCCCCAACUUUUACGAACCGAUUCGUUCGGCAAGGGACGAAACACCAUCACAAGAUUGUAGCGAAAAUAAAACAGGUGCCAAAGAAAGGAAUAACCCCCAUAGGGUGGAAGCCGCUGUUUCGCCAGUGUUCGGAUUGACCGAAGAAAAACUGUACAACCUCCUCAUCCAGCACACCGUAGCUCCGGAGGAUCUCUUUUCCAAUUGUUUUUCACAGGUGGAACCAAGUCCGCCUGUAAAACAUUGUUUCGGAAAACCUUUCAGGAUCCCGAAGAGAUUGGCUGGUAUUGAGGAGGAUUUUGAUCGGAAUUCACCGACAGCAGUUGAGAGGACCUGCGUUAGGUGUAACGAUCAGUUCUUCGUCAACGAACACGGUUACUUGACAAAACAGCAGUGCUUCUACCACUGGGGGAAAAUAUCGUACUGCCGCCAUACAUGUUGCGAAAAUACUCCGGGAUCCAAAGGUUGCACUUCAUCAAAACACCACGUAUGGAAUGGUACAGUGGCCGGGAUCAACGAGCCCCUGCAAGGUUUCGUGAGCACAAAACGCAGCGAAAAAGUGAAACAGAAGGUUUUCGCUGUAGACUGCGAAAUGUGCUACACCGUGCGAGGCUUGGAACUUUGCAGGGUAACCGUUUUGGGUUUUGAUGGUGCCACAGUGUACGAUUAUUUUGUGCUACCGGAGGAAGACGUUGUGGACUACAAUACUAGAUUUUCCGGAGUGACCGAAAGUGAUGUGUAUGGCCCAAAGUCGAAAACUUUCCAACAGGUGCAGAGUGAUUUAUUGGACUUCAUUGACGAGGACACCAUUCUGAUAGGACACGCGUUGGACAAUGAUUUGCGAGUGUUGAAACUGGUCCAUUCUAAAAUUGUGGACACGUCUCUGGUUUUCCCUCACGAGCGUGGUUUUCCCUUCAGGAACUCGUUAAAGCAGUUGAUGUCAGUUCAUCUGAACAAAGCAAUUCAGACAUCCGAUAAUGGACAUAGUCCAUAUGAGGAUGCUCUGAGUUGCUUGGAGCUGAUAAUGGUUAAAAUAAAACUGCACUACGCUCAGAGACGUCUCACAAUUUGAGAAGAGACCAGUUCGCAAGAUCUUGUCCAACGUUGUCCAACGAUCUCAUCAUGAAUUAUGUAUAUAGGUACAACACAACAUGUGAUA